AUGAACAACAACGGACUGGUGCGUAUGCCAACGCUUGAGAUGACAUCAAAGCAUCGGUUUGCGCUGGAGCUUAUCGAUUUCUCCUAUAACCACAUUGAGUAUCUCGGUGAUGGCCAAUUGCGCGCCGUGCACGCCAACAAAAUUCAGCUUAACAACAAUGACUUGCGCGAGAUCGGAAGCCAUGUGUUCGCUAACUGCCAGUUUUCACUAUUGAUGAGACGUCUGGAAACAGUGAGUUUGCUUGCAUCGAUGUUUCAAACUGUUUUAAAAGCAGCCUUUGAGGUGCUAAUCGUUAUCUAUUUUGGUUGCUUUUCUUGCAGGAAGCUAAAUGACAAUUUCGAACUGAAACGCCUGUCGAUUGAUACCUUCGAAGACAUAUCGUUCAUCAAACAGCUGUAA